UCAUGGCUCAAGAAGUAGUUAAAAUGAAACAGGUUUCGCAAAGAAGAGACUAGUAAGGAAGGUUUCAAAAAUCCACCCAAGACUAGGAUACGAAAAGGGAUGAAUAUAAAUAACAGAUCAGUUAAAUAUAAUGAUGAUGUCAGACAAAUAAUAAGGAACAUCAUAUACAGUUUAAAAUUCAAAAACAUAAAUCCUAGCUUGAAUACACUACUGAAAAACAUCAGGGCCAAUGAACAGCUACCAUUGCUAUCAUUAACAACCCUGAGACGUUUACUAGGAGAUAUGGGCUUUUACUAUGAAAAAGAUAAAAAUACCAACAAGAUUGUGCUGGUUGAAACGUUGAAGGAACCAUUAUUAAAGAAUGCAUCAAAACCUCCAGUUUCAACAAAUGUAACUCCACCAGUUCUCACUGCCUCAAAUCAAAAUAGUGAUAACAUACAAGGGUCAUCCAUAUACCUGCCAAAUCAGAGACUGGGGCAUAAUGUUCCAUUCCAGCAUGGGAAUCAGAUAAAUCACAUACAGAUGCCACCAAACUAUUGUAUGUCAUACCAAGUACCACCACCUACAAUACAGCUGCAGCACGUGCCUCAUAACUAUAUAUCCACAUCAAACAGAAUCUUAUAAGCAAAAAUACUCUGUACUCCAAUAGAUUUCUAACAAAAAGCUGAACAAAGUAUGUAGCUGCAACCUUCAGGUGGUUUUACAGCAAACAUAUUCAUUCAUUUCUUAUAAAAUCUAUACUAAAAUUACACCAUGAAGUCGGUUUUUAUGUGCUAGUGUUCAUUUUGAAGUUUGGUUUCAGUUUUUUAAAUAUAUUUAUGAAUACCUUUGGAAUAUUUUAUAUCUCUACAUUUCUAUAUAUAAUUUGAUUGUUAUGAUCAUCAUAUACUUAUAAACUCUUAAUUUAUGUGAUCAAGUAGUACAGAAUAUAUACCCAUGUUUCUCUUUAUUUAUACACAUUCUGUAUUACUUGUUCAUAUGAUUUUGUUAUAUCAAUCUUAUGAUUGGGGUUAAGACUGACAUUUAUAGUAACGAAGGUAU